UAGGCAACGAAUGGUGCCCACGCUAGCUCGGUUUACUGCCAAACCCUCGAUGGACUGUUUUGAAUGCCAGCUCAGUUUUUGAUCGAGCGUUCCAUCGAUAAAGGACUUCUGUAGCUGAAACUAGUUACUCUUCUACGCGGCUACUUCAACCGGUGUACGAAUUCCACCUCAGUCGAUGCCCUAACCAGCGAAAGAUUGCUACUAAGAAAUUGUAACAUUACGAAGUUUGUUUGAUACAGCGUAGCUGGGCUCAAAGCGGUGAAGAGUUUUCACCAUGGAGACGAGUAGAAUUGGAUUACCCCACGGUGAAAUGAGCAAAGAUGAGCAGACUGCAAUGUGGCAUCACCAGUAUCAUGAUUCUGGUAUUAUGUCAGGCGCUACAACUACAGCACAUUCAAUCAAGGGUGAUGAUGAUGAUGACUACAUGAAAACACACAUGGCAUUUGAGUGGGAGCAGCCCGGAUUUUCCGAGCAGGAGAUGCACGCUAUGAAUCAGCAAUUUGUCUCAACUAGGAGUCAACGCAUCCGUCAAGCCAUGUUUCCUGAGACCCUGGAAGAAGGUGCUCAUAUCCCUUCCACACAGUUUGAUUCAGCAGCUAACACAGCUGUCCAGCGCUUGGCUGAACCAUCGCUUAUGCUAAAGCAAGCUGUUGUCAAUCUAAUCAACUACCAGGACGAUGCUGAUCUGGCCACACGUGCCAUCCCUGAGUUGAACAAGCUGUUGAAUGACGAAGAUCAGGUGGUAAUCCGACAAGCAUCAAUGAUGGUGCAUCAACUUUCCAAGAAGGAUGCAAGUCGCCAUGCCAUUAUGAACUCACCACAAAUGGUGGCAUCUCUUGUGAAAGCUCUAAACAGCUCUAAUGACCCAGAAACCAUCCGAUGUGCUGCAGGAACUUUGCACAAUUUGUCUCAUCACAGACAAGGCUUGCUCUCCAUCUUUAAAUCUGGUGGCAUCCCAGCUCUAGUCAGGUUGCUUGGGUCCCCUGUGGAAGCAGUAGUUUUCUAUGCCAUCACUACCCUGCACAAUCUUCUGCUCCACCAAGAAGGUGCCAAGAUGGCUGUUAGACUGGCAGGAGGUCUGCAGAAGAUGGUGGCCCUCCUAGGGCGUUCCAAUGUCAAGUUCCUGGCGAUUGUUACAGAUUGCCUUCAUGUGCUGGCUUAUGGUAACAAAGAGAGCAAGUUGAUCAUCCUAGCAUCAGGAGGCCCUGCUGAGCUGGUGCGCAUCAUGAGAAGUUAUACAUAUGAGAAGCUUCUCUUUACCACAAGCCGUGUGCUGAAGGUUCUCUCUGUGGACACUGACAACAAGCAAGCGAUUGUGGAGGCUGGAGGUAUGCAAGCACUGGCUAUGCAUCUUGGUCACCAGAGCAACAGACUUGUUCAGAACUGCCUCUGGACUCUGCGCAAUCUGUCAGAUGCUGCAACCAAGGAGGAUGGUCUUGACAACUUGCUGCAGAUGUUGGUGCAGCUGCUGUCAUCCAAUGAUAUUCAAGUUGUGACAUGUGCGGCAGGUGUCUUGUCAAACCUGACAUGUAACAACCCCAACAACAAACAACUUGUUUACAGGUUUGGUGGCAUAGAGGCACUGGUGAGGACAUGUAUGCAGGCUGGAGACAGGGAGGAGAUCACUGAGCCAGCGUGCUGUGCCUUGCGCCACUUGACGAGUCGACAUGAAGAUGCUGAGAAAGCCCAAAAUGCAGUGCGAGUUCACUUUGGCUUGCCAGUCUUGGUGAAACUUCUGUAUCCACCCUCUCGCUGGCCACUCAUCAAAGCAAUUGUUGGUCUCAUGCGUAAUCUGGCAUUAUGCCCCCUUAAUCACACACCAAUCCGUGAGCAUGGAGGUCUGCCUCAGCUCGUUCAACUGAUGAUGAGAGCCCAUCAGGAUAUGCAGAGGAGACCAGGACAGAGUGUGGUAAUUGACGGAGUAAGAAUGGAGGACAUUGUUGAUGGCUGUGUUGGUGCCCUGCAUAUUUUGGCCAGAGAGGCACACAACAGAGCUGUCAUAAGAAGUCUCAACUGCAUUCCUCUUUUUGUGCAGCUCCUCUAUUGCCCAAUUGAGAACAUUCAGCGCGUUGCAGCUGGAGUACUCUGCGAACUUGCACAAGACAAGGAAGGUGCUGAGGCUAUUGAGGCUGAAAAUGCAACAGCACCCUUAACUGACCUGUUACACUCCAGAAAUGAGGGCAUUGCUGCUUAUGCUGCUGCUGUACUCUUCCGCAUGUCUGAGGAUAAGUCGCAAGAUUACAAGAAGAGAUUAUCAGUUGAACUGACUAGUUCUCUUUUCCGGGAUGAUGCUCCCUGGCCUGAGCCAAUGGAUGGAGACUUCCCAGACCCAAACUACAACAUGCCACCAGGAGGGUAUGGUUACCCCCAUGAUGGGUUUGAUUACAACCAGCCCAUGGACUAUUCUCACGAACCUGGUUCUGGUUACGAUUUCCACCAUGGUGAUCCAUCUAUGCAACCUCUUGCUCACCCAGGAGGGCCACCUCCUCGAGGCGGCACAUGGUAUGACACUGACUUGUAAGAAGACUGGUUUGAUGACUUGAAUUUCAACCUUGUGUAAUAGGUUGUGAACUUUUUAUCUUAGACAGCUGUGGUUCCCAUGCUUUUUCUUUGGAUGCAACCCUGCUGCCCAUUUGUAGGGCAGCUCAUAUUAUAGUUUGGGUACAACAAAGUCCAACGCAACUGUUGUCCAAAGGCAACAAUCAGCUACCACUUAUAGUGUCGUGCAUUGUGUUAGUUAUAGUCAUGUAAGCUUGCUGUUUAUAGUAGAGCCAUUUCAGUUUUGCUUUUUUGUUCUUUGCUAACUAACGUAAGGUUGGAAAACUUUUUGAGUGAUGCUUUAUAAAAGAAAACAAUAGCAACAACAACAACAACAACAACGAUCCCUUGGUUGAAGUGUUUGCUAGAGCAUUUGUCACUUGAAUUUCUAGUCUAAACAGCAGCAUUUAGAAAGUCGUGGCUGACAAGUAUUUUGUGUAGUUUACUUUCGUUUGCUAACCAAAUACAUUUUCAAGAUGUAUUGUUUUUAUGCACAGUUUCUAAUGUUAAGCUUGUUUGCACAAAAUGGGAAUUUUUUCCUUCUUACUUGUCUUUUAUUAAACUUCUUUUUGAACCUACAAAGUGCAAAGGAUUUGGCACUUUGUUAGUUUUUCUUUCAAGCUGAGGGCUUCAGAUAAAGAAACACCACUCUAGCUGUUCUGAGAACUGGAGAUUCAGUUCACACGGGUUAAUUAAAGGGGCACCUAUCCUGCUUCACCUGUCGUAUUUUAUUUCUUACAGCUAUUUGAUGGGAAUGACAAUUCUUUGUCAUCAUAACCUUUUUUUCGAUUUCAACCUGAUUCCUUUAGUGAUACGUCGCUUGUGUAUACAGAAAAUUGAGUAGAGCACCUCGGGGUUGCCGUCAUUAAGUAAAAAUAAUGAAUCCUGAUUAACAAUUACUCUAAUAAAUCAAUGAUUGUUUUGCUGACAAAACAUAUAAUAUGUCUUGGCUGGUUUCUGAAAUUGAAAUAUUAUCUGUCUUUUGUUCUUUCUAUUUCUAUUCAUGAAUUUAUUUAUAUUUUGAUCAGAAAAGCUGACUCUCACUUUGCUUUCAUUAUUUUCUCCACUUUCCUCACACAAAUGUACAAUAAAAACUAGGUUUUUUUUCUUGCGCUUUGAAAUAUUGUAUUUGUAUAGAUUGUUAUGUGGCUGAGGGCUGUUGCAGUGAAUUAAUUUUAGCCAUUUUUAGUCUCACUAGGCAGUCUUGCCUAGAUCGGUAUUAAGAUGAUUGAUAUGAGAGGAAAUGAACAGUGAUUGAUCUGCUAUGUGCAAUUAAAUUUUCUAAUCAUGUACAAA